AUGUUAUGGUCAAUAGAUGAAGCGUAUGAUUUGACUGACUCAUAUAGCAAUGGCAUUCGCUUCUCCAUCACCGACCUCUCACCUCAAAGUGCUCGCACACUACCCACCUUGUACCUUUCUCGAGCCGCUAUAUCGCUCUAUGAUGCACAAUUCACAUCUGGAUCAAACGAACCCAUACCGGUCCCGCAAGAAACCAUCAAAAGCGUGAUCAAAGCCCUACUACGGUUCAAAAGCACUUGUAAAGACUUCAAUGUACCAGAACACCAGAUCCGCAUUGUAGCCACAGAAGCCACCCGCAAAGCCAUUAACUCACAGGCGUUUCAGAACGAGAUUCAAGAGAAGACUGGAUGGAAAGUGCAGCUACUCGAGAAAGAGAAAGAGGGCAGAGUCGGAGCUUAUGGUGUGGCGAGCAGUUACGCAAACGUAAGGGGCUUGGUGAUGGAUCUUGGAGGUGGCAGUACGCAGAUCACAUGGAUUAUGACUGCAGAAGGGGAAGUGAGGAUGUUCGAAAAGGGUAGCGUGAGUCUGCCUUAUGGAGCGGCGGCUCUGACGAAAAGGCUUGAAGCUGCUGGGUCAAGGCACAGCAAAGAAUAUAAGAAUUUCGAGGAGGAGGUACGGGACGAUCUAAAGAAUGCUGUCCGACAAAUCAACAUUCCCACGGACUUGUUGCAAACGGAAGACGGUCUUCACUUGUACCUGUCGGGAGGUGGAUUUCGAGGCUGGGGCUUUGUACUCAUGUCACAACACAGCAUCAAGCCGUACCCUAUCCCGAUCAUCAACGGGUUCAAGGUGAAGGAAGGCUCGUUCCAGGAUACGCAAGCAGUCCGCGCUGCAGUUUUUGACGACGACACGCCAGACAUCUUCAGAGUGUCUCAGAGAAGGGCGAGCCAGGUCCCAGCUGUGGCCUUUCUUGUUGACUGUCUCUCCAAAGCAUUGCCCAGCAUCAAGGAUGUUUAUUUCUGCCAGGGUGGUGUGAGAGAAGGAAUGCAUUUCGCGGAAAUGGCGCCUACCCAAAGACAGGAGGAUCCUAUCGUCACAGGAACUAAAGCGUAUGCAAGAGAGUCGGUUUCUGAGCUCGUCGAUUUGCUGCUUGUCGCUUGUCACACAGCCCCGAGGGUGUUGGACAGAUCAUUGAUCACAGCCUUCGUCCAGGCCUUGUACGCUCAUGCGGCAUUUCCAAAGGACCUUUGCGCUGGUUCAGCACUCAGAAGCACGUCGACCGGCUUCUUCGCUGCAACGCACGGUGUCAGCCAUGAGCAGCGUGCAAUACUCGCAAUCUUGCUUUGCGAGCGGUAUGGUGGGUUCAGCUCAAUCUCCCCUACGGAGCAAGAUUUCUACCACCGUUUGUUGCGGUUGCUUCCCCACGGGGUAGCUUGGUGGUGCAUGUUCCUCGGACGUGUUGCCGCGGUGGUCGCCAUUGUGUAUCCAGCUGGUGUGGUAAGCGAGUGCCGUCUGGAGAUGCGGGCAGAUUGGGUGCAGACCAAGAAGGGAAAAGACAAGCUCUCGAUCUUGUUCAAGUUUUUGACCCUUUCUCAGGUCGACGAGAUGGACGAAGCACUCAACGAUGCGCUUGGGCAGGUAGACAAGGCGGGGAAGAAGAAAAACUGGGUCGCUGGGCAUGGACAUAAGGUAGAGGUAGGUCUUGUGGGGUGA